AUGGGCGGGACGCUGACUGCUCUUCCUCCUCACCCUGGCCCUUUAUAUAUCUCCAGGCAGCCAUGGCGAACACAUCUGGCUCCAGAAGACCCCACCGAAGCUGGCCUUGCUCUCUCUCGCCAUGGCCUCCCACUCAGGUAUCGCUGGUCCUGGUGCUUCCGGAGUCUUGGGCAUCAUCUUAUCUCACCAGGAAGAUUCUGGAAGCACUGCCCCCAGGGGUGGCUCAGCACAGCUGCAGGGGGAGCCGGGGUGGACGGGGUGUGUGAUGCAUGCGUUCACGGCAUCGUUCUCUCUCCAGGCCCCGCGACGUCCGUGCUGUUUCUGCUCUGCUGCCUGGGAGGCUGGCUGACCUCUCACACAUUGCCCGUCCAUUUCCUACAACCAAGUGAUAUACAGAAAAUAGUCGAGGAAUUACAGUCCCUCUCGAAGAUGCUUUUGAAAGACGUGAAGGAAGACAAGGGGGUGCUCGUGUCCCAGAAUUACAAGCUGCCGUGUCUCACCCCUGACGCCCAGCCGCCAAACAUCAUCCACAGCCCAGCCAUCCGGGCAUAUCUCAAGACAAUCAGACAGUUAGACAACAAAUCUGUUAUUGAUGAGAUCAUAGAGCACCUCGACAAACUCAUAUUUCAAGAUGCACCAGAAACAAACAUUUCUGUGCCAACAGACACCCAUGAAUGUAAACGCUUCAUCCUGACUAUUUCUCAACAGUUUUCAGAGUGCAUGGACCUUGCAUUAAAAUCAUUGACUUCUGGAGCCCAGCAGGCCACCACUUAAGGCCAUCUCUUCCUUUCGGAAUGGCAGGAACUUAAGGAGCCUUAAAAAGAUGACUGACAGCUAAGUGUGGGAACUCUGCCAUGAUUCCUUAAGUACAUUUUUCCAGUGAAUAAUCUCAGUGACCCCUCAGAUGGGCUAGUCCUGGGAGGGCUGAGAUGUAAAUUUGUGAAUUACCUUGAAAAACAUUAGGUUAUUAUUAGUCUUGGUAUUUAUGGAAUGUUUUUCUU